CGAGUUCACCCCACCUCUACCCCCGCCCCCGACAUCCCGGCCGGAUAAAGGAGCCGAGGCCGAAAGAGAAGAGAGACCCCGCCCCCCCUCGAGGAGAGAAGCCACAGCCCCUGCAGGACAGGGGCCUGGGUCGCUAUGGGUUCCACAGCGGCCCCAGAAGAAGCGCUGGGCUACGUCCGAGAGUUCACGCGCCACUCCUCCGACGUGCUUGGCAAUCUGAAUGAGCUGCGCCUGCGCGGGAUCCUCACUGACGUCACGCUGCUGGUCGGCGGGCAACCCCUAAGAGCACACAAGGCAGUUCUUAUCGCCUGCAGUGGUUUCUUCUAUUCAAUUUUCCGAGGCCGAGCAGGAGUCGGAGUGGAUGUACUCUCUCUGCCUGGGGGGCCAGAAGCCAGGGGAUUUGCUCCUCUUCUGGACUUCAUGUACACUUCAAGGCUUCGCCUCUCUCCGGCCACUGCACCAGCUGUCCUUGCGGCUGCCACCUAUCUGCAGAUGGAACAUGUAGUCCAGGCAUGCCACCGCUUCAUCCAAGCCAGCUAUGAACCUCAAGGCAUCUCUCUGCGACCCCUGGAGGCAGAACCCCCAAGGCCCCUAACAGUUCCUCCACCAGGCAGUCCCAGGCGCUCAGAAGGACACCCAGAUCCACCUACUGAGUCUCGAAGCUGCAGUCAAGGCUCCCCUAGUCCAGCCAGCCCAGACCCCAAGGCCUGCAACUGGAAAAAGUACAAAUUUAUUGUGCUAAAUUCGCAGACUUCACAAGCAGAGAGCCUGGUUGGGGAGAGCUCUGGUCAACCUUGCUCCCAAGCCAGGCUCCCUAGUGGAGAUGAAGCCUCCAGUAGCAGCAGUGAAGAAGGACCCACGCCUGGUCUCCAGAGCAGACUAUCUCUAGCUACUACCACUGCGCGAUUCAAAUGUGGGCCUCCAACAAAUGCCCCCUUCCUCUUCGCACCCCGGGCUCAAGAGAUUUCUGGAUCAACUUCUAAGCAGGCUCACCCACCACCAGGAGGUGAGUUUUUCAGCUGCCAGAACUGUGAGGCUGUGGCUGAGUGCUCAUCGGGGCUGGACCCCUUAGCUCCGGGGAGAGAGGACAAGCCUUAUAAAUGCCAGCUGUGCCGAUCUGCUUUCCGCUAUAAGGGCAACCUGGCUAGUCACCGCACAGUGCACACAGGGGAAAAGCCCUACCGGUGCUCCAUCUGCGGAGCACGUUUUAACCGACCAGCUAAUCUAAAAACGCACAGCCGCAUCCAUUCUGGAGAGAAACCGUACAAGUGUGAGACGUGCGGCUCGCGUUUUGUUCAGGUGGCACACCUACGCGCGCACGUGCUGAUCCACACUGGAGAGAAACCCUAUCCGUGUCCCACUUGCGGAACCCGCUUCCGCCACCUACAGACGCUCAAAAGCCACGUUCGCAUCCACACAGGGGAGAAGCCAUACCACUGCGACCCCUGUGGCCUGCAUUUUCGGCACAAGAGUCAACUACGGCUGCACCUGCGUCAGAAACACGGGGCUGCUACCAACACUAAAGUGCGCUACCACAUCCUCGGGAGCCCAUAGCGGGCGACCCUCUCCGGAACCACACGUGCUCCCUGGGGGCGGCAAAAGCUGCAGGCUCAGGCUUGGCUUCCCUGAUGGUCUUGAUAAGGGAGUGUGACAGGCCACUCUGGUGUCAGAAACUUCUGUCACCUUAAUUUCAUACUGGGGAGAGCAGGGGUGGCAGAUCCUGGCUAGAUCUGCCUCUGUUUUGCUGGUCAAAACCUCUUCCUCACAAAACAGAUUGGGUAGCUAGGGGCUGGGGAAAAGGAGACACAAGGGAUUUCUUCAAGGGAACUGUCCCUGCCCUCCCCCCAUUUCAAAUGGUUUAUCUGUAAAUAUAAUUUAUUAAGGCCUGCGGGUGGCACCAGGGCCUUCGUUCUGUCUGCAUUGCCGACCUCCCUCUUCCACGACUGUGGUCAAAAGUGACCCGAAGCGCAGGCGAGGGCACGGCUCUGCUGGCAGAGCUUCUUAGCGCUCGGCUCUGUCCUUUGGCUUGAGGGUUGCACAUUGUUUUUGUUGUAAUUUUUCUCUCUGGAAUCUAUUCGUUUGCUUGUUAGUUUGUUCCUUCAGUUCUAGGACUGCAACCUUUAGUUUUCCUAAGGCAAACCCUGAGAACCUGUAAGGUUAGGUAAGGAAUCCUCCCUGGUAUUCUGGGUGGUGCAAGUCCUUUAGCAGACUAGGCUUGGAAAGAAACUUUUCAGCUCUCCGUGGCUGGUGGGAACCAUUUUGAUGAACACAAAAUGUAGAUAAUAAAUUCCUCCUGAAGGCUUGUGAAAUGGGAACUGGAUCCCUCAUCAUUCUCAGUGGAGGUAGGUAGUCGUUCCCGCAAAGAGGGUUAGCAUCUAAGCUGUUCCAUUGAUCUACCCGCCUUCGUUUGAAUGUACUGUGUUCAUCUCUAAGACAGAGCCGGCGAAGGGUCUCAGCUGAGCUCACGAUCCUCCCACUGGGGCUGAGUUAGUAUGCCCAUAGGGAGAGAGAGCUGAAGAUCUGUACCAGAGAUUCUGUUCUUAUCUGUCCAGUUUCUAAGAAUGUUGCGACCUAGGGAGAAUUAAUGACAUUCCUUACCUUAACUACAAGUCUGACCCAUCCUCUACUGCUCGAGCAGCUGGAUUUCAAUGUUCCUUGGGGGCUUAAUAGCCUUUUGUCUUCGAAUGUGCUUUUUGUUUUGUUUUGUUUUUGGACAGCUUCUGGAAAGUGUCCAGAUUCCAAAACUUUGAUCUUUCGUGGGUGCUUGGUAAUUUUCUUACCUGAGAAGCUGGGUCUGUGACUCAGUCUUCCUUUCCCCACUACAUUCCUGUCUGCGACCAGUGAAUGUACUAGGACUUUACACGGGAAGAUAGAGGGGGCUGAGUUCCAUGUGGAUUUGUUGUCGUUGAGGAUUGUUGUUGGAGUUAGUGCUUCAAGGCUUUAGAAGGCUGGUUCCUGGCUUAGCCAAUUGCCCCUUUCUUUGUGAGCAGGUUGCCAGAUAGUGUGUGAGGUUACUGAGUGCUGCAGUUUCUGGUGUAGACCGUGUAGGUAAAAAUGUUAGGAUGGGGUGUCUGGAAUGUUAGAUAUUUGGGAGCCUUGAUUUAUAGUCCUGCUUCUUGCUGCCCUGGGGCCUAUUUGAUGAUAGGACUUGGGUAUGAAGACUUGAAUUUGUAAGGCAGAACUUCCGGAAUUAAGGCCAUCAGAUGGGAGCCCGUGAGAAACCCAUUCUUCGCUUUCCCCUUUACUCCCCUACCACUUGAAUGCAGGAGAGACUGAGCCGGUAUUGUGGCUUCUGUGUAGAAGCCUGGAUGGGCAUGUGGGAAGUGCUGUGUGAGAUGUUAGAUCCUUUGAGGUCAGAUCCUUGGAAUAAAGAAGCCUCUCUUGCC